AUGCCCCUUUUAUCCUCCAUCAUGCCCCCUCACUCCCGCUUACAUACCGGGUUUUUAUGUUGUCCUGCCUCAGCUCUCCUCCACGGCACUGCUCUCAAUGGCGCCAGCAAGCAAAUCACUGGGGAAGAACAGGAUGAUGCGCUCACUGCUGCAGCUCUGAUUGGAUGCAGCUCAGAGCGUGGUGACUUCAACUAUUAUUUGCAGGUUCUAGAGGAAAGGGACUGUGAGAUUGAGCAUUAUGCUGCCUUUGCCCAAACCAUAAUCUUGGAGGAAGGCAGAAAGGCAGAAAUAAGUGAGAUCAAGUUAAGAAGUGCCAAAAUAAAGCAAGCUAUUGCCUAGAAAGCCAGGAAGUGAGAGGAACUGUAGCAUUUCUAUCAGCACCACCUGCAGAAACAUUGCUUAGAGGUGGAACAGAUACAUGGCAACAAGAACUGUGAAAUAGACCACCAUCAAGAACAAUAUUUGAAGUCACAGUUUGAAAGAAAAUUCCAGGAAUUGGAAGGUGAACUUGCUUUACAGAAACAAAAACUUUUAUCAAAAUUUGAGCCUUAACUAAAAAAAGAGCAUGAAUUUUGACUUCAGAUUGAUGUUAUGAAUAACAUAAUCUUGACCCACAAGCUCAUGGUAAUGUUAUUGGCCAAAGAACCUGAGACUUUAAAAGUGGCUGGUAUUAAAACAGCAGAAUUCCUUCUGUUAGCAGACUCAUCUAAUGUGGAACUGGAUAAAGAGGUAAAACACAAAGACUUGGAAAUUAAGUAUCUGACAGUUGUUAAAAAUGUCUAGUUAAAAGAAGAGAAUAAACUACAGGCUGUAUAGCUAAUUAGGAAAAAAAAGAAAAAAAUAUUUUAGAGAAAACAUGAGGAGCUAAAUAGUUUUGCCAGAGAAAAAGAUGCAGUGCUAACUGUAAUGAAAGGGCGCAAUGAAGACCUGCAGUAGUCAGAGGUUUUUGAACACCAAGCCAAUCAUGAUACUCUUGAGAUGGAACUGAGAAGGGCUGAGUGGAGACAAGUUGAUGCUUUAAAAGAGAAGAAUAUUGUUAUUGCCAAGCAUCAAGAGGAUAUAGCAGCAAUGAAAUCUGCUUGGGAUGCUCAAAUUGCACAAAUAGUCAAGGAAACUAUUUCCAGAAGCUUUCAGAUCCAUACACUACAAGAAGAUGAGGGGAACCUCACACCACAGCUGGCCAGUUUUCAACAGGACAUUAAAGUACAACAGGAAUUGUCUCUAGUGUUGAAACGGGAACAGUUCCUAGAAUGUGAUAAUGCUCAGGUGGUGUUGGACUGGAAAUAUUAUUGUGAAAAUGCUGAAACAGAGCAGUGUGAAAAAAAAAGUAGAUUUCAUAUAGGGCUUAAAACAAUCAGAAACUAGGUUGCUGCCCAGGUUGAGACAGAGAAGAAGUUAUGUGACAUGAAAACAGUUCUGAAGGCUAUAAUCUUUGAAAGAGAUCAUGCAAUUCAAAUUCUCAGUUUGCAUGGUUUGCUUCCUGAAAAGGAGAAUAAAGAUAAUCCUAAUAGUGAGAUUCAGAAGCUGCACAAACAAAAUACAAACUUAUUUAUUGCCGUAGCUAAAUCUGCCACAUUAAUUUCUGGUUCCUCACUAGCUGAUAUACUUUUUACUGGGAUGACUUUGAAGAAGCUACAAGUCAAAAGUAGUCUCUUGGAUUCCAUGGUAACAGAACUCAAGGAGUGCAGUAGAAACCAAUGGACAUGGAUGAGUUGUAGGGUCAGCUUUCCACACAGAUAA